AUGUUCGCGCCCUUCUAUCUGACACUGUGCGCGCUGUUCCUCAUCGCGGUAUCCAGGGCCCAGGAUGCAGAGCAGCUCGUCCCAAACAGUACGAGUCAGUGCUACCCUAGCAUAGAUCUCGGCUGGUCAGCGCAUGUGGGCAGCAGUGUAUACGCCACGCCGCGCAUCGUGGAUUUGGCGCACGACGGCCACAAGGAAGUGCUCAUCCCCACCUUCUCCCAGUUCCUGGAGGCGCUGGACGGCCCCACCGGGGAGGACAUCCCGGGCUUUCCGUUCAUGCACCCCCGCAUGAAAACGUACGCGAGCCCGCUUCCCGUCGAUCUGAACGGUGAUGGUCAGGUGGACUGGCUGGUUGCACUGUACACCGGGGAGCUCGUCGUAUUCGGCCAGGAUGGCAAGGUUCAGGGCUACCUGCAGGUGCCUCCGCUGGCCAUGAAGAGGAACUGGGUGAAAGACAACCUGCCGCCUCAGCAAGCGGCCACCGUGCGCCCCGGCACACCGUUGAAAACUGGAACCGUUCUCGAGGACAUCUUGAAAGCGCGUCGCAUGGACGACCUGACACUCACCUCCGCGGAGGUGCUGGAUCAGCGGCAUCGCAGUUCCAUCGCUCAACGACACCACGCCCCGACGGCGGCGGCUGUGAAACGUGUUGAAUAUGACACUCAUGCAAAGGACGCGGCGUUGCGCGCGACCGACGACGAGCAGGAGUCGUGGGACGACAAUGACGUGUUGGACAUCGAUGAGGACGAGAUGCAGCUGCCAUGGGAGAAGGCGGAGGUGGAGGUGGGACCAAACAGCCACCUCAGUCCGGAGGCGCGCGCAUCUCUCGACCUGCUCUUUCACCCAGAGCUUUACCAGACGGCGAAGCGGGCUACCGGCGCUGAGGAGGCCACCUUCCAGGGACGCAAUCUGCGGCAGGCAACGAACAUCACCUUCGGUGAGGACGAGAUCAAGGUAGACGCACACAUCCUCUCCACCCCGGUCGUAACCGAUGUGGACCAGAACGGCGACUUGGACGUCAUUCUGCAUGUCAGCUACUUCUUCAGCGAAGACGUUAUCGCGGAGCAGCCAGAGCGGUUCGCCGGCGGAGUUGAUCCUCACGACUUCGUCGCCACGGCGGUCGUGUGCCUUAACCUUGUCACAGGCGAAACGCGAUGGGCCCGCUUGCUGCACACCUCUACCAAAAACAGCACCAACGCCGCCUACGCCCUGAGCACCCCGCUCGUCAUCAACGCCGACGAAGACCGCUCCAUGGAGGUGUUUGUCAGCACCUCUCUCGGCUUCGUGUUUGGCUUCACGGCGGAUGGGAACAUCUUGGAUGGGUGGCCGGUGCUGCUCGGGCCCCUCUCCGCUAGCCCGACAGCGGAGGACAUCACAGGCGACGGCACCCUCGACAUCUGCAUCGGUGACACGGAGGGCAAGGUGCGGUGCUACAAUGCCUCUGGCUCUGUCACGUUGGAGAAAGACGUCAUCGGCGGCGUGGCUGACCGUCUCACCUUCGGCGACGUCGACGGCGAUGGCGCCGUGGACAUCGUCUUUGGCACCACCUCGGGUCUCAUCUACGCCCUGCGCGGCACCGACGGCGCGGUACUCCCGUCCUUCCCGAUCGUGACGGGCGGCUCUAUUGUGGCGCCGGUGCUGCUGCUGAACCUCAACGGGAUGCUGUACAGCAACAACCUCGAUAUCGUGGUGCCGUCGCACAACGGCUGCGUGUACCUUGUGCGUGGUUCCUCCGGCUGUAUCCAGACGAUCGACAUCGACGAAAAGUCCUCGUCCAUGGUGCUCGCUGACGACGUCCUGGGCAACGGGCAGAUGGAUCUGGUCGUGACCACCAUCAAAGGCGGCGUCUACGUUUUCCAGACGUCCACACCGUACACCGCCAUGAACGCCUGGCCCAGCAAAACUAAGGGGGUCAACGGCUUCAGUGCUAGCGGGAACUACAUCGGCAUCGUCAUAUCGCCCAACUUCCGCACCUUCCGCGACAUUCACGGCGACACGUUCAACGUCGAGUUCACCAUCUAUGACUCCCGACCGGUCUCUCCAAAACGCAGCUACACUGUCGAGAUCACCGUCGGCACCCGCAUCCGCCUCUACCGCGGGCGCUUCCACAAACCAGGUACGCACAUUGUGAAGGUGCGCGCACCGCUGGAGAGGAUGUACUCGUCAUUGAACGUGGCCCUCACGCUACCGAACGGGCAGUCCUUCACGGACUCCAUCUCCCUCAGCUUCAAUAUGCACUUUAUGGCGGCCAUCAAGUACACACUCAUUGUGCCCUUCUUGGCCGUGUCAGCGGCGCUCAUGCUCGUGCACAAGCGUCAUGAAGUCGUCGAGAAAGAGGCGGUACAGUACCUCUUUUAG